AACCCUCAUUGGAAUCCGGGAAGCUGGGCCGAAAUUGGACCUGAGGAACUCUGUCCAAGCUCAGGCGUCAGAUGAGAAAAUGUAGGCUCUGAAGGCCUGGGAAGAGGAAGCAAGGAGCGACCCCAGGGUCCCGGGUCUCUCUGCUGCAGUGGCUUGAGGCGGCCAGCGAUGGACCUCAUAAGACUCUCCCGGCUCUUUUCUGGCCCCCACCCCAUAGGACUGUCUGUUCUUCAACAUCUGGAUCUUCUUGGAUGGACCCGAUGGACAGGAGGCAGGGAGGGACCUGCACGGCUGAGGGCUGCCUUCCGUGGCUCUUCCUCCCUCCUGCCCCUGGGCAGAGGGAGCCAGAAACAAAUGAGCAGCCUCUGCUCUGACUCCAGUAAGCUCAGCACCGAGGCUCCUCAGGAGGAGGAAGAGGAGAGCUUUGGGACCCUCUCUGACAAAUUCUCCUCCCGGAGAAUAUUCCACAAAUCAAAAGCCCAGCUCUAUAACCUGCAGCUCAAGGAGCAGGGUGUUGAGGAGGAAGAAUUGGAGCCCAGACUGUGGCAGGGCCGGAGGAACACUCCAUACUGGUACUUCUUUCAGUGCAAACGUCUGAUCAAGGAAGGAAAGCUUGCAGAGGCCCUGGAUCUGUUUGAGAGGCAGAUGCUGAAGGAAGAACGCUUGCAGCCUCUGGAGUGCAACUACACGGUGCUGAUUGGGGGCUGCGGACGUGUCGGGUACCUGAAGAAGGCCUUCAGGCUCUUCAAUGAUAUGAAGAAGAGAGGCCUGGAGCCCUCGGACGCCACAUACACAGCUCUGUUUAAUGUCUGUGCGGAGUCCCCCUGGAAGGACUCUGCCCUGCAGAGUGCACUGAAGCUCCGACAGCAGCUCCAGGCCAAAAACUUCCAGCUCAACCUGAAAACAUAUCAUGCCCUGCUGAAGGUGGCCGCGAAGUGUGCAGACCUCAGGAUGUGCCUGGAUGUCUUCAAGGAAAUCAUCCAAAGGGGGCAUGCAGUCACAGAGGAGACCUUCUGUUUUCUGCUCGUGGGCUGCAUCCAGGACAAGAAGACAGGCUUCCGGCAAGCCAUCCAGGUGUGGCGGCAGAUGCUGAAUCUGGGGAUCAAACCAAGUAGGCAUGGCUACAACCUCCUGUUGGGGGCAGCUCGAGACUGUGGUCUGGGGGACCCAGAGGUUGCCUUCAGGCUGCUCGUGACAUCCCAGGAAGAGACCUUCCUGCUCCAGCCCCCAACAGGCAAGCGUCUGGCAGGGAGGAAAGUCCUGGCCAAGACAGGGCAUGGUAUGUCAGUCAGACAUGUGGAAACAUUGGAGAGGCAGCUGUUUCUGGAACCUUCUGAGAAACUUGAGGGGCCACCAGCCUUUCCUGAAGACAGGGUAACAAGCAGAACUCAGCCUGAAGUACAAACCAAAGCAGAGCCUGGCCACAUAGUAGCCCUCACCUCACUGGCCAUGAAACCCCCACACUUGGAGUUGGAAGUCAAUCUCCUAAGUCUUGGGACUCUCUCCCCCGCUGUGGUCUCCUUUGGGACAGUGGCCACACCCGCUGAUAGACUGGCUUUGAUGGGGGGCCUGGAAGGCUUCCUGGGCAAGAUGACGGAGCACGGGCUCCAGCCAGACAUUAAAACCCUCACUCUGCUGUCAGAGGUGGUAGAACCUGGGAGCCCCGCAGAGUCCUCGCUGUUGUCCAUCAUGGACAGGCAUAGGGUGGAGGCUGAUGUAACCUUCUUCAACACACUGAUAAGGAAGAAGAGCAAGCUGGGAGACCUGGAGGGAGCCAAGGAAUUGUUGCCAAUCCUGGCAAAGAAGGGAAUUGUCCCCAAUCUUCGGACUUUCUGCAAUCUGGCCAUUGGGUGCCAUCGGCCCAGGGAUGGUAUGCAGCUGCUUGCAGAUAUGAAGAAGUCCCAGCUGACCCCUAAUACCCACAUCUACAGCACCCUUAUCAACGCAGCCCUCAAGAAGCUGGACUACACCUAUCUGAUCGACAUCCUGAAGGACAUGAGGCAGAACAGCGUCCCAGUGAACGAAGUGGUCAUCCGCCAGCUGGAGUUUGCAGCCGAGUACCCUCCCACCUUUGACCGGUACAAAGGAAAAAACACCUACUUGGAGAAGAUUGAUGGCUUCCGUGCUUAUUACAAGCAGUGGCUGCAAGUGAUGCCAGCAGAAGAAGCCCCCCACCCCUGGCAGGAGUUCCAGAACAAGCCUGUUGGGAACCAAGACACCACUGACAAUGCUGGAGGCCUUAGGGAUGGAUGACAGAACAUGCUAUGACAACAUGCUGGUGGAGCCCAGGAGUCCCUUCAACUUUAGAAGCCAAGAAUAUUCCAGAGGCACCAUAGCAUUUUACAGGCAUAGGUGUAAGGACAAAUGCUGGGCUUGGGGUGCCCAGAUUAUAGCAGGUCCCAAAGGCCAAGACAUCUUGACAAACAAUCAUGGUCACACAGCAUCUACGACAUAGAGAUACCAGGACUAAGUCCAUCCCCUGCAUUCCACAGCCUGCUGCUCUGUGAAAGAAUGAAUGUAGCUAAGAGGUCUAAAGGUUUUAUUUUUACAGAUUUCAGCUGGUGAACACUAUAGCUGUCACCUAUAGAGCUCAUGCUUCCCCUGGGUCUUUUCUCUGAGCACCACCCUGAGAAGAGUUGCUUCAGGAGGCAGUAGCCCAAUAAGCAUGAGCCCAAGGUUCAAAGUCCAGGAUGCAGAGGAGUCAAGAGUAUCAGCCAGAGCAACCGCGGCAGCCACAGUGUGUGCACUCGAUGAUGCGACCCUGUAACAGAAAAGGAAUGUUUGAAUACACUGCUACAGCCCUGCACACUCCCAAAAGAACCUGCUCAGCAGGGUGCUAGUGGACUACUCCCUUGCAGAGCAUCUACUAGACAGCUCCACUUGGGCAGUUCACCUCCUUGGUGAGAUGAAAACAGUUACUACCAGGCUGAAGUUAGUGUCUGUGUAUAAUUGCUGUAACAAGACACACUUGCCAAAAAGAAUGCUGGGCCUGCCACUGCCUGGAGGGCUAAAGCCAGAGUUCUCAAGGCCACUGGGGCAAAAGUCCUGCAAUUUUUAGUUCCUAUAUCGAGAACAGUCUUGGCCCAGGGGCAUAGUGGCUGGCUGGGGGACUGGAGCAAUGUGCAUUUAUCUCCGUUUCUGGAGACCAUGAGCCCAUUCUAAACAAAUAAAGUUCUCUGGUGAA